AUGGAGAAUUUUCCCAAUGCAUCCUCUUACUGUCAGCAUCUCAAGUCUCUCGCUGAUCAGUUGAAGAAUGUCGGAGCGCAGAUUUCUGAUAGCCGGAUGAUGUUACAGUUGGUAGGUGGCCUUACCCGAUCCUACCGUGGUGUGGGCACGCUUAUUCGUCAAAGCUAUCUGCUUCCUCCCUUUUACAAGUCUCGCUCCAUGCUUGUUCUUGAGGAAAUCGGAAUGGCAAAGGAGGCGGCAAUCGAAUUUGCCAUGGUUGCAGCCUCGGUAGAUGACUCCUCCGAUCAUUUGACAAACACGGGUCAGUUGAAGAACAAAUAUUCCAGUUCGUCAAACAACAAGCGCAACUCUGAUAGCCGAAAAAAUGUUGGUCGUGGCUCCGGUGGUGGCUCCGACGGUGCCAGAAAUAAUGGUAGUCGAAAUCCACCGGGUGCUGGGCGAGACUUCGGUGCGGCUCAAGCUUCGAACAUGUCCUCUGCUUUUUGGCAGCAAGUGUUUCCUUGGGGAUAUGGCUGGCCCAUUCCUCCUUGCCCUUACCCAACUCAAAGAUGGUCUAGGCCUGGUACUCCAAACCAGUAG